AUGCAAUUCUCGGACUUUGAAAAAGAUUCUAAUAUAAAAAAUGUUAGUGAAAUGCUUUAUGAAAAAAAUUCUUAUUCUUUGUUUAAUUCUGGUAUAAGAACUGAAAAUUUAUACAAAAGUUUAAGCGAUAAGCAAAUCUCUGAUUUAAAAACACAAUAUGAGUCAGACUCAUAUCUUUUCAAUAAAUCUGAAUUUUAAGACGAAGAAUAUUUAUAAAAUAAUAAUUUACUAGAGAAAUUUGAAGAUAUUUCUAAAAAUAAUAUAUGUAAAAAUGUCAUUAAAGCCUUUUUUGCCUAUCUUCUUGACAAAAAUAAUGAUUUACUAAUAGAAUUUGUAUUUAAAGGAUCUUCUCAAACUAAUGCUCUUAAACAAGCUAAAAAUUUUAUUAAAUCUUACAAUUUUAAUAACAGUUACCUUCAUAAACUAAUUUAGCAUCCUAGAUAUGGAAAAGCUUUUGAGUUUUUUCUUACUUUUGAAGCAGAGUAUUGGCUGAAAAAGAGUAAAGUUAAAUAAAAAGAAGAUCAUCAGAUUUAUAUCAAUUUUUUAAAAUUAUGUUGCUGCGAUACUGAUUAUUCAAAUCAUCUAAUAGCAUACAAAAAAGGUAAAAAGACAGCAUUUAAUAAGAAAGAGUGA